GAAGAACACCACUAAUUAUACCCGCCGAAGAGAUCAUCACAAUUGAUCUCGGAAUCGUGAUAGAAGUCCCUGAAAAACAUAUGAUGCAGUUAGCAUCAAGAUCGUCACUCGCGAAGAAAGGAAUUACCGUUGAAGGAGGAGUUGUAGAUGCCGGAUAUAUCG